GAGUCUGAUUACGAUGUAAAUAAACCACGAUAAACAAUUUUAUUAUACUAAUUCACUGUACGACACAAGUAAAGUAAAAGAAGUAAAAUUGAAUAAAAGAAAAAACAUUUUUCUUGCUGGAACUCGAUUCGUUUGCAUAAAUGUUGCAACGUCUUUGACAACCUGCUGUUCGCCAACUCACAGCUGUCAAUUUUCGUUUCUAUUUGUUCGACUUUCACCUUGUUUAUUGUAAAAUGAGUGGCAGCGGGAAAGUGACUUUCAAGAUCACGUUGACGUCCGACCCAAAACUUCCUUUCAAAGUGCUGAGCGUACCCGAAGCCACGCCUUUUACGGCCGUGCUCAAGUUUGCCGCUGAAGAAUUCAAAGUAGAUCCGGCCACUUCGGCCAUCAUCACCGACGAUGGAAUUGGCAUCAAUCCACAACAAACUGCCGGCAAUGUCUUUCUUAAACACGGCUCGGAAUUGCGGCUGAUUCCGCGUGAUCGCGUCGGUUGCCUCUAACUUUCGUUCCACAUUUUAAAAAAAUGUAUGUUGAAAAAAAAAAACUGAAAAAAAAAUGGAGAUAAAAGUUUAUCAAGUGUU